CAGGCUUCUGUUAACUUUUCCUCUUCUCCACUCUUCCUCUUCCUUUCUUUAUCUCACGCUCCCUAAUCCUUCUGCACUUGCAUCAAAACAAAAAUUAGAUCAGGUGGCAAUAGUGAGUCACAUCAAAAAGAUCUCCUGAAAAGGAGAACGCCUAUUGAAAAUCAAAACCCAAUGUUUGAAGUAUCCUUAUCACCAUCAAAAGCACAAGGACAAGAACAUCAAGGAUUUUGAUGAAUUUGAACCGAGUAAAUUGAGUAGAUAUGGAUCAAAGUUACAUAAAUACUUAGAAGAAAAGAGAUUGCUUUGUUUAGAGCCAUUGGAUAUCCUUGAUUGGUGGAGAAAAAAUGAAUAUCAAUAUCCAAGUCCUACUCAUACUCAUCCUUUCCCUAAGAAGACGCUGUCGGAGCGUUCAGCUUAGUCGCCGGCGUAGACGCUCUCAGCUGUCUUUUUUUGGAGGUCGUCCGGCACUUCCUGGUGGCGAUCGGUUUGGAUCCUCACUACCAUCUGCUUUUCUAUGUAUGAUUCCAACGCUCUCUUGCACAUAGUACACUUUUCAUGCACUUUCUGUUAAUAUCUCUCUGGCUUUAGACUCAAACAUGCAUAUCAUUGCCUAUUUUCAAAAAAAGAAAAAAAAAAAAAAGGGAUAUAAGUACAGUAGAAAUUGAAGUAACUAUGAUCUGCAUGCGCGUUUGUUUGGAUUUAGUAGUUUCUGUUUCUGCAAGUGUGUAAGUUUUGUGCGCUAGUCAUUUUCUUGUAUAAUCGUUUUUUGAUCGGAUUUUUUUCAUCAAUGGCUUUAAUUUUCUUUGUGAAGUGUUAGAUCUGUAUGUUCUUAGUUUCACAAAUUCCCUUUUAUUUUUUUUGUAAAAUCCGCUUUCAUUUUAUUUAGAUCUGGAAAACUGGAAUCCCCUUCUUUUAUCUGUUUGCUUUGAACAUCUUUCCAAAGCAGAUUAUCAUUCCUCUUUCUUAAAAGUGUUUCAGGGAAAUCAAAAUCAAAUGGUCCUGUUUGUUUUAAGUUUGGGAAACUUAUGUAAGAAUCUAGGAAUAACUAAGCCUUAAUGUU